CUACCGCGGGGCUGGCCUGGCCGAUGAGGAUAUAUUGGGACAGCAGCCUUGGAAGUGGGGACGGUGACUGCCAUCACGUCUACGUCCGCGACCAUGGCCGAGUGUCAUGCCCAGAAUAAAGCCAAGCUCAUCUCUGAGACCCGACGGAGGUUCGAAGCCGAGUAUGUGACAGAAAAGCCAGAUAAAUAUGAUCCACGUGAUGUCGAAAGGCUACAACAAGAUGAUAACUGGGUGGAAAAUUACUUAUUUUGGAGACAUGAUGUUGUAGAUGAUACAUUGAAGAUGCUCGAUGAGAGUUUUCAAUGGAGGAAAGAAAUGGCUGUCAACGAUCUGACUGAAUACUCUAUUCCAAGAUGGUUAUUGGAAAUUGGAGGUAUUUAUCUCCAUGGUUAUGACAAAGAAGGCAACAAGUUGUUAUGGAUCAGGGUGAAGUAUCACAUAAAAGACCAUAAAACCAUAUUGGACAAAAAGAAGCUUAUCGCAUUCUGGUUGGAACGUUAUGCUAAAAGGGAAAACGGAAAACCUAUAACAGUGAUGUUUGACCUGUCAGAAACUGGAAUCAGUAGCAUAGACAUGGAUUUUGUACGCUUUAUCAUCAACUGCUUUAAGAUUUAUUACCCUAAAUACCUCUCAAAAAUAGUGAUCUUUGAUAUGCCUUGGAUAAUGAAUGCUGCUUUCAAAAUUGUGAAAUCCUGGCUUGGUCCAGAAGCAGUGAGUUUGUUGAAGUUUACAAGUAAAAACGAAGUCCAAGACUAUGUCAGUGUAGAAUACCUGCCUCCCCACAUGGGUGGAACUGAUCCUUUCAAGUAUAGCUAUCCACCACUAGUAGAUGAUGACUUUCAGACACCAUUGUGUGAAAAUGGGCCUAUUGCCAGUGAGGAUGAAGCUUCAAGUAAAGAAGAUAUAGAAAGUGACGGCAAAGAGACCUUGGAAACAAUUUCCAAUGAAGAACAAACAGCACUUCUGAAAAAGAUAAACCUAUCUGAACCUACUUCCAAAGGAGAAGAAAGUGAAAAAGCUGAUUCCAAGAUAAAGGCUUUCAAGAAACCAUUGAGUGUGUUUAAAGGGCCCUUAUUACACAUCAGCCCAGCGGAAGAACUGUAUUUUGGAAGUGCAGAAUCUGGAGAGAAGAAAACUUUAAUAGUGUUGACAAAUGUAACUAAAAACAUAGUGGCAUUUAAGGUGAGAACAACUGCUCCAGAAAAAUACAGAGUCAAGCCUAGCAACAGCAGCUGUGACCCGGGUGCAUCGGUUGAUAUAGUCGUUUCUCCCCACGGGGGUUUAACAGUCUCUGCCCAAGACCGGUUUCUGAUAAUGGCUGCAGAAAUGGAACAGCCAUCUGGCACGGGCCCAGCAGAAUUGACUCAGUUCUGGAAAGAAGUCCCCAGAAACAAAGUGAUGGAGCACAGGUUAAGAUGCCAUAUUGUUGAGAGCAGUAAACCAACGACUCUUACAUUAAAAGACGGUGCUUUAAACAUGUCAGAUAAAGCCAGUGAAGAUAUGUGUCUACAACUCAAUCGUUUACUAGAAAGCAAUAGGAAGCUUGAAGACCAAGUUCAGCGUUGUAUCUGGUUCCAGCAGCUGCUGCUUUCCUUAACAGUGCUCUCGCUUGCUUUUGUCAUCUCUUUCUUCUAUUUGUCGUACAGUUAAAGAAGUGGUGCUCGGUAGGAAACUUGGCUCUUUCAUCCAUUAGUUGGAAAAAGUAAGACCCAGAACCUCACCGUGCUACUAACAGCGUCACAUAUCUGUGCUUCCUAAAGGAAAUGUGCAGCAUUUUAGAGGGGAACAGAUACACGUCUUGAAAAUAAACUGUUAAAAAAAAAGAAACACUGAAGAAAUUGAUAAGAGUAGCUAGUUAGUAAAAUAAGUAAAGGCCUAUCCAUUGUAUAAAUUAAUAGGUUCGAUAUAACUUAUUUUUUUCUUUUGAUUUGAAUACUUCCAAAGCGUAAGUUUUAUCGUGUAUAUAUAUAAGCAGAACUGAAAAGUAUAACAUGCAUUGUUGCAGCCAAACAAAUGUAACCUGCUUUUUUAUGAUGUGAUUAUAGCAGCUGAGCCGACUUACUAGCUUUUCUAUACUGUGUAUAUAGGACAUGUAUAUUGGGGGAAAACAUGCAGAGUAAUUUCUGUAAUCAUGACUUUGUAAUUUUGAGAACUACUUCCAGAUGCUAGUCAAUAAUUUUUCGGAAUGUAAAACUAUUUAAUGCCAAACAACCUUUCACUUUUGUUUCUUACGUCUUCCUUAACAGCCUGUCUUGUAUUAACCUUGGACUUUUUUAUGAGCACUCUCAUUUAGGUCGAAUUUGAAAAACUAAGUUCGGUUGCAUUUUCUUUGAAUUCUGUUAGUGAUGUCCAGGGGGAAAAUCUCUCUGGUCGCACUUUUCAGCCUUUGUUACGCUGUUUCAUGUCGCUCACUGUGCCUGGCCCCUGACCUGUUCGCUUCAUUUAUUUAAAGGCCUGAUCAUCCCGUAUCGCACUGUCUUUGCCCUGUUUUCUUAAAUGAAAGGAAUUAGAUAAGUUUUGGAAAAGUUAGUUUUUGAGAUUCAUAGCAGUAGAAUUCGUUUACAUUUUGGUUCCUUGUUAAAGUCAGCUAUGAAAAGGGAACUUGACAAAGACUGGAGUAUCUAGAAGGAUGGAGAAAAAGAAAAAUCAAAACUCAAGUGUCAGUUCUCCAUUUAAGAGUGAGAAACAACUCGUGAUCAGUUGUAAAACCUUCAUACCAGGGUUCAGUGACUUGCCUGAUGCUCUGCGCUUUUAACAGUAAUACCCAGGAGGGUCCCCGAACCCCUAAAAAGAAACACCUUGCCAGGAGCAGAGGCUACUGAACUAGUUGGUUCUCAUUUACAUAACCGGUUUCAGUCCAUCUGGGUUCAGGCAUAAACCUGUUGUACAUGAAAGAAAAAAUAGUCUUCCUGUAAAAUAAAUUUUGAAUUUCAAUUGAGCCAUGUUUGGAGAUUUUCUUUGAUUCUGCAGUGUAGUGUUGGUGGCUUGAAUCUGGAGAGGUGGAUGAUCCCAAAACUGAGUUAUGAGGAACCAUAUAAGAGUCCCUUCAAAACUGGCCUACAAAAUCAAACCUUAAAAGGACACUGGUCUGCUACUUUGUCUUAAUUUGGGUUUUUCUGUUUCAGUUUGCCAUCUCCAGCCGUGAAAGUGACUGCAGUCCGCCCUAAGUACUAUCCAUAGUAACCCUCUGUGUUUGCGCACAGCGGUUUUCCCUUAUAUGUUAGAUUCCUGGCUUUAAUCAAAUCUAAUCCCAGAAUGUAUGCUUUCUGUUCCUUGGCCAGUAAACGAGGAAAUCAUUAGUCAAAAUUGGAAAUGCAUUGUCCUAACAGUGUCCCUUUAAUGUUUCAUAUGAAAAUUACAUUGACUUACUAACAUGUUCUUCCCUAAUGUCUGGUCAGUUGAAUUUAAUAACAUAUCUUAUUAACAUUUGUGUGUCUGUUAAAUGUGGCUAAAUGAAAUUACUGAAAAUUUACUAUAAAAUCAAAGGCAUCUAAACUUUUGUACUUGUCUUGAUUAAUUACUAUAUUUACAUUUGAUUUUAUUCUGUCUUCCUUUGAGUUUAUUUAAUUACAUUUGUUUGAUUAUUUUUGGUACUCUGUUUUAUUUUGAAUCAAGUCAUUAUGCUUUUAUGACCAAAUUACCAAGAACCGACAUACAGAUUUAGAUUGUUUUCACUUAAGGAUGGAAAUUAAUAGAUUUUGCAUGAAAACAUUAAUGCGAUACCAUUAGUUUGAUCUGCAAGUAGCCUAAAAAUGCAAUUGCUGGUAAACCUAGCCUCAAAUUUCAUAAUAAUAGCAUAACUUUUUAUAUCUUGCCAUUAAUUUUGACUGGGUUUAAUAGCACUUUAUUGUACAAUUGCAAAAGAUAUAUUCCUAGAAUUGUUGUCAGUGUAAUUUCUCUAAUGUUCUGGUGCUUUUCAUAUAUUUUCAGUAUUUUUAUUACUAUAUUGGUAUUUUCUUUGUAUAAAUUGAUCAAAAGAACAUGUUUUCUAUUUUAAUAUGUUUUAGAAAAAUAAUUGCAUUUAUGAAAUAAAUAUCAUCAGGAAAAAA